UGCUCCGUACAACGCUAAGCUUACUGCGUGGGCGCGUUGCUUCCUGUCCCGGUUUGCCGUACAAGCCUUAACUUACUGCGCAGGCGUAUUGGUUGCUGGUCGCGGUGAGGCACCGCCCCAAAACUUUCUGCGCACGCGCCUGGGCUUUAUUGUGCCUUUUCCCAAACAGCCUUAGCUAGAAAGAAAGGGCUGCCAAAAAAUUCUGUGUCUCCGCCGGUCUUCGAAGGAAUGACGUCAGUAUAGAGCCACCUGAAGGAGUCCGGAUGUCUCUAAAUCCGGACACUCCUGCCCCGUCAGCCUCGUCAGCUGCUCUUAAGGGGCUGGGCCUCGGGGCUCUCCAGGCGUGCCACCUCUCUGCUAGCUAUGCCUCUGCCUCAAGGUGACGUGACAGCCUUAUUCUUGGGGCCUCCCGGCUCCGGAAAGUCUGCCCUGAUCGCCGCGUUAUGCGGUAAGAAUGUAGACACAGUAGAGAUUCCCGAUGGACGGCCGGACUCUGGAGUCCCCAGCCUGAGAGCUGCGGCUCCGGGCCUCUUCCUGGGUGAGCUGAGUUGCCCACCCGCAGCUCCAGGGCCCUGGGCGGCGGAGGCCAACUUGCUGGUAUUGGUGCUACCGGGAUCUGAGGGGAGCGAGCAGCCCUUGACCCCAGCUCUGGGAGAGGCGGCGCGGGCCGCCCUGGCCAGAGGAACCCCGCUGCUGGCUGUACGGAAUCUGCGCCCUGGAGAGUCCCAGAAUGCAGCUCAGGCCCGGGAUGAGACUGCGGCCUUGCUGGACAGUGCUGGCUUAGGAGCUACGCCUCUCUUCGUGCUGCCGGCGGAUUGCAGCAGCAGUGACCGCUGCGAGGAGCUGGAGCGCCUGCAGGUGGUGCUGCGGACCCAGGCGGAGGCGCUGCAGAGGCUCCUGCCUCCUGCCCAGGAUGGCUUCGAGGUGCUGGGCGCAGCAGAGCUGGAAGCUGUUCGUGAGGCCUUCGAGACCGGUGGCCUGGAGGCGGCGCUGUCGUGGGUGCGCGCUGGUUUGGAGCGCCUGGGCAGUGCACGGCUGGACUUGGCGGUGGCCGGCACCGCCAACGUAGGCCUUGUGCUGGACAUGCUGCUGGGAUUGGAUCCUGGGGACCCAGGUGCUGCGCCUGCCUCGGCACCCACUGGGCCCACCCCUUAUCCUGCUCCAGAGCGCCCCAACGUAGUGCUCUGGACCGUUCCCCUGGGCCCCACGGCCACAUCCCCUGCCGUCACCCCUCACCCGACCCACUACGAUGCCCUGAUCCUCGUCACCCCUGGGGCUCCCACGGAGGAGAACUGGGCCCAGGUCCGCUCAUUGGUAUCCCCAGAUGCUCCACUCGUCGGUGUGCGCAUGGAUGGCCAGGGCGAAGAUCCGCCCGAGGUUCUGGAAGAAGAAAAGGCCCAGAGUGCAAGCGAUGGGAACUCAGAGGAUGCACGCAGCGAAGGAAAGAAAGCUGGCAUCGGGGACUCGGGGUGCACUGCCUCUCGGAGCCCGGAGGAUGAGCUGUGGGAGGUGCUGGAGGAGGCGCCUCCGCCCGUGUUCCCGCUGCGGCCCGGCGGUCUCCCGAGCCUGGGGACCUGGCUGCAGCGCUCACUGCCCACAGCUCAGGCCGGCGCGCUGCUGCUGGCGCUGCCACCCGCAAGUCCCCGGGCGGCGCGGAGGAAGGCGGCAGCGUUGCGGGCAGGGGCGUGGAGGCCAGCCCUGCUGGCUAGCCUGGCGGCGGCCGCAGCUCCGGUACCAGGGCUGGGCUGGGCUUGCGAUGUGGCGCUUCUCCGGGGACAGCUGGCCGAGUGGAGGCGCGCGCUAGGCCUCGAACCCGCUGCCGUGGCACGACGUGAGCGCGCCUUGGGCCUGGCUCCUGGAGUGCUGGCCACGCGCACGCGCUUCCCGGGCCCGGUGACACGAGCCGAGGUAGAGGCCAGGCUGGGGUCCUGGGCCGGUGAGGGCACGGCGGGAGGUGCCGCAUUGGGCGCGCUCUCCUUCCUAUGGCCCGCGGGUGGUGCUGCGGCAACUGGUGGGCUGGGUUACCGUGCCGCGCACGGUGUACUGCUGCAAGCCCUAGAUGAGAUGCUGGCUGAUGCUGAGGCGGUGCUGGGACCCCCAGAGCCCAAGCAGUGAGGGGUGCAGUGGGGCUUGGGGUAUCUGGUGACUUGGUUCUGGACCCCACAGCCUCUGAGAUUAAGAGUGAAGUUUUGUUACUCAGACCCGGAAACUUGAAGGAGACAGACAUCUCAUUGAGACCCGAGACGUGCAGUCGCCCGAUUUCCUGGGUUCUGAAUGGGUGUAGGAUCUAUGCUCCAGAAGCGUGUCAUCCAGAUACCAAUGCAGUAAAGGGAGUUGAGGGCCCGGGACUCUUAGAAAUGGGAGCCCCUUGGCGUCCAGCUGACACCUGAUCGUGGAUCUCUAGAAGCCUUUAUCCCCGCCUGCCUGUGAGUGAACCUAUCGCUAGGGACCUGGCGCUGCAGGGUGUUAGAACCCUUGGAGUGCUGGGUCCCAAAAGGAAACGAAAUAUAAGUUGCCCGAUGAAAGAACAGAUUUGCGGGAGCUGUUGAGAGUCUUAGGAAAACGUCUGGCUCCUAAGAAGGCUCUGGAGAUUGGUGGUCAUUUCUUGAGGGGCGGGAAGCCCUCUGGAUGCCAGGGGCCUGCUGGAGACCCUUGGUCUCCUGGAGUGUGGAAGAUUGCCUGCCUUUACUCACCGAGGCUUUGGUGUAGACAAUACUGUCCCACAAUAGUGAAGGGAAGGGAAGGAGGAUGGUCUGGCUACGGCAGUCCUCUGAUGGCCAGAGCCUAGGAAUGGGGUCUUUAGGGUCUAGAAGAAUAGAAACCCACACUUGGAAAUACCUCUCUUGAGCCUCUGAGGAACUGGGGUCCCAGCAGCUGCCUCUCUGAGCUUCAAUGGGAAGGGGUGUGGCCACCCCCAUUUUACAGGUGCUGGGUGAUUCAAGGUCUCCGGCAUGUGUGCUGUUUCGCUUUAGUUUAUUACUGGUUUCUUCUGUCGUCCUGGACCUUAACCGCCGGACGUCAGAGCGUUGUGCCCCUGCUGUUGCAGUCUGUGGCUUUCUGCAUGACCUCCUCCGAUUUCUCCAGGACACCCGCGGCUGGUCCACACAGGGUGCUGCUGUGAGUGAGGGUUCCCCCACAGGAUAGCUGGGUAGGCCUUUGAUGCUGUGGGAAAGUGCCAGGCGGGAGGCAGAAGCAGAAACCACAGCGCUGUCAGCUUUGUGGCUUUGUGCGGGUGGGAAGAGCCAUGUGAGAUUCCUCAGUGUUGAUACAGAAAAGGAGGCCGCGGUAGACGGGACCACGGGGUUCAGCAGGGCAGUGUGCCGCCGGCCCCGCCCCUUCUGCAUUCCCAGCCCAUCUCCAGGGAGCCUGAUUUGUUGUAUUUGUUGUUCUGAUGCUCAGGUCCCUCCGCAGAACGUGUGCAUUUUCUGGUUUCCUAUAGGACGCUCUGCCUCUCCAUCUUUUUUUUUUUUU